UACAUCGGUAGUUUGAUACUUUCAACUUUUUAGUCGAUAUAACUUGAUUAUAGUCCCCUAGAUUCCCUCGUAAAAAUGUGAAAUUUCUUAAAAAUAUUUAAUAUUUAAUAUUUUUUUCCUGUCAGUUGCAUACAUAAAAUAAUUCAUCAAGUUUCAGAUAUGUAUCUAUAAGUAGAUUCAAUAAUUAGUGUAACUGCAUAAAUGAGACAGUACAUUUGCGGUCACACCGCCAUGCUUCAAUUCAUAAACAAAACUGUUUGAGAAAACCAGGAGAAAACAAUUCGCGUAGUUACCGGGAACGGAUCGCUACAAAUUUUAAGUUAUAUUUAACAACUGAUGCACUGUUAAUAAUGCGAUUUUUAUUUAAAUAGUUCAAGAUACCAAUCACUUGGGAAUAAAAAUCUAUUAAGAAUAAAAUGACAAAAGAAACAAGGACUUUGAGAGGACUUUUCCCUGACCCAAAACCUCCAAGACGGAAAAAUUUUAUCAAAGAAAAUGUAAGAAGUUUACGUAGAAUGGAGCAAAUGUUUCAUGCAAAUAAUGCAAGUGCCAAUGAUUUGAAAUUACCAAUUUUGAGGCACAAAAUUUCUCACAGACGUGAAAGUGUAGGAGAUAAUGAAUUUGACAAGCUUAAUGAAGGUUUAAAAAAUUUGUCAACAGAAGAAGCAAUUAGUAUUGGCAUUGAAAAAUUAAUGAAAAAGAAGUCAUCAGCUGAUAAUGAAAAAAGAGAACGGAGUGCCCCAGUAUUUUUAAAUAAACAAAUUGCUUUGAAAAAAUGCACCAAACCACCUAUUAAUGGACUACUAAAUAGAAAAAGUCAGGUGUAUCAGUGUCGAAUCAACAGUAAAUCUGAAAAUAAACAAAAAUCAAAAGCACAUUCAAUUGGAGAUAUAUCUUUUGAUAAUCAAACUCUUAGUACUGAGAAUGGUGCAAAUAUUAAAUGUAAAAGCCAAGGAGUUCAAACUUUAGAUACUAAUGAUAUGAGUAAUUUAUAUUCUGAAGGAAUUAUAAGAUAUUCAUCUGGAAAAAGCAAGGAAUUUAACUCUCAUACAAAAGAUGUAUCAAAUGGAUCAUUAGAUCCUGUAAAUUCACCUAUUAAACAUAAUACAGAAGAUUUUUGUGGUGAUAAUGUAGAUGAUACCAAAUUAAACAAGGAAAGCAUUUCUAUGGCCAGCAAAUUGGCUUUACAAUUAGGAAAUGCACCCCCAUCAAAUUACAAAAUUGGAGUUGUUCCAAAAUACAUCAAGGAGAGAAAAGAAGCUUUAAAAAGAGAACAAGCAGCUAAAGCAGCUGCUAAAUAUUCAGAUUGCCCUGAUGGUCAUAUUCCUCUUCCAGAUAAUGAACGUAAAGAAACACUGAGCAUGUUGAAAAAAAAUUAUCAAGAAUUCGUAAAUGAACUUAACAUGUUACCAAUCAGAACAGAUACUCUAAGAUCUCAAAAACGAAAAAUGGAAAUAGAAAAACAGUUAACUAAAUUAGAAGAAGCGAUAAAGGUCUUUUCUAGACCAAAGGUUUUUGUUAAAAUUGAUUCCUAAUAAUUAAUUUCAAUUUGCUUGACCUUACUAUAUAAUUCCAAUAUUUCUAUACUGAUCAAUAUACCUUUAUGUAGAAAAUUUUGUAAUUUUGAUUGUCGACAUCAUCAUUUUCCCUAUAAUUGUGUACAUAGUUGUUCGUUUUAAAUUAUCUAGUUUACUUUCUUUUGAAUUGUAUCAAU